AUGUCGUACCCGGCUCUUCCAACAAAUCUGCCUCCGGCGACGCCGCAGAAACCCCUUCCUGGAGCUUACUUUCAAACCCCAGCCCCAACUGGACCGAGACCUCUCCCAUCCAGGUCGCCAAUGCAGGCGCAAACUCCCCAGACCCCCAUGCCGAAGCUCCCCCCAGCAGCAUCGAAGACUCAAAAUCAAACAGUGAGCACCGAGGAGCGCGGGGCGCGAACAAUCAACAGUGCUCUGCAAAGUGAAUCGCGUUACCCCGAUCUUGACAGCUAUUUGUCCCAGGGCUCAUCCUCCGAGUACAACAUCCCAGUGGCUCAAUCAUGGGCACCAUUCCAAAAAGUUAAGAUGUACGACAUCCCAGACCAAAUCUUCGAUCAAUACAACCGUGCACAAGUUUCGACGAGCAUGGGCCUGUUUGCGGAGCUGAAUCACGCGUGGGUGGCCAUUGACAACGCAUUGUACAUUUGGGACUUCACACACCCGAAUCCUCAAUUGGUCGGGUUUGAGGACCAACCGAACAGCAUCAACGCCGUCAAGCUCACCAAACCGCGUGCGGGAGUCUUUUUGCCUGCGAUCACUCAUCUACUGGUGAUCUCGACGACCGCAGAUAUCAUUUUGCUGGGAAUGGGCUAUGAAAAGACGCCCAGUGGAGGCCAACAAGUCACCUUGUAUCACACCGGGAUGUCAGUCUCAGUUCGGGGCUUGGAUAUUAAUGUUUUCGCGGCGUCUGAUUCGACUGGGCGCAUUUUCUUCGGAGGAUCAUCCGAUACCGAUGUGCACGAGGUGACCUACCAACAAGAGGAGAGGUGGUUCCAAGGCAGAUGUGGUCGAGUCAACCAUACCAGCUCCCGAUUGUUGGCUUUCAGGCCAUCAAUGAGCCUGACGAAUCUUGCACAGAGCUCGGUCGAGAAUGUAGUGCAGAUGACACUUGAUGAAAGCCGGAACUUGCUCUACACGCUCUCCUCCGCUUCUACGAUCCGUGUAUUCCACUUGGGAUCCGAGGGUAGUUUGACUCUCGCAAUCACAAAACGCGCUAUUGAUAUAUACUCCAACAUUGGGCACAUUAUCACCUCGAACGAAACCCUCAACCCCAAGGUCAAAAUUGUCUCGAUCAGUCCCGUGCCUGUCACCGAGGCUUCCCGUUACCACUUGGUUGCGACAACUGCAACCGGUUACCGGAUCUACCUCAGUGCCACUGGUUCAUACAACUGGGGCCCUGCAUCGAACGGCAAAAACCCUCCCACAAGCAUGCAGGCGCUGCAUGUGAAGACACCACCACUCGAUAUCACGCCCGGCGCAAAUGUAUCUGCUUCCUCUAUUGGCGCACUUUCGGCUUCUGCUGGUCAGAUCACCACUCUCUCGCCCACUCGACUCGCCGAGCGAUAUUCGCCUGGUUAUUUCUUCUGCUUCACCACCAAAGACCCACACCAGACGAUGGAUACUCUUUUUAUCUCGACUCCUGACUCCGGCCGGGUCGCUCAUGUACAGGAAAAUUCGACCAACGGUCACAAAGAUGCCGAGUCGGCCAUAAUCUUAGAUCUGGGAGGCAAAGCCGAGGACAUUGGACUGGUUUCGGCACCUUCAUCAGUGACUAAUGAAUUGGCUGUUCAAUUCGAUCAUCCAGCAGCGGAGAUUGCGAUCCUGACCAAUGGUGGUGUUCAUAUCAUUCGCCGCCGUCGUCUUGUGGAUAUGUUUGCGGCCCUGCUCCGCAGCGGUGGUAGCCGCGACGAGGGCCCUGAAGGUGAGGGAAGAAACUUCAUCAAACUAUACGGCCGGAGCGAGGCGCUGGCGACUGCUCUGGCGGUGGCUUGUGGCCAGGGUGUGGAGAUCUCCACUGAUCAAAGAUUGACCCGAAUUACUGAUCCAGACAUCCUGUCUGCAGCACGCCAGUUCUUCAUUGAACAAGGUGGUCGGGCCCAUUUGAAUGAGAAUGCUGUGGCGGAUGGAACAACAUCUGCUCUCGAUGCAGUGCAGCCCUCUCCGCGACACGCGGGUAUUGCUCUCUAUAUCUCCCGUCUGCUGCGAUCUAUCUGGAAGGUCAGGAUUGCCAAGGUGGGUAGUGGAGCCAAUGGCGCACAGACGGUUUCGGCCUCUGUGAGUUCCGCCAAGUUGCAGACCAUCCAGCAUGAUCUCUCCUCGCUUCAAGAGUUCUUCAGGGUAAACAGAAACUUCAUUGAGGGACUCAGCGGCCCCGAUGCCCUUAAUCGCCUAAACACCAAGACCGAAGAAACCGCGCUGCAAGCCGAGCACCGCGCACUGCAUUCACUUGUUCAAUUGGUAUCACACACAAUCGAAGGCAUUUCAUUCAUUCUUGUUCUGUUUGAUGAGCGAGUCGAUGAAAUUGUGGCCACCUUGCCAGUUGAGUCCAAGGAAAAGUUCCUCAGCCUCACCUUUGAGGAGUUGUUCAGUUCUAGCAAGGGCCAUGAUAUCGCCAAGGAGCUGGUGAAGGGCAUUGUCAACCGCAACAUUGCCAAGGGAUCCAACGUCGAGACGGUGGCUGAUGCACUACGCCGACGAUGCGGCAGCUUCUGCAGUACAGAGGAUGUCGUGAUUUUCAAAGCCCAGGAGAUGCUGAAGCGUGCAACCGAGGCCGGUGCCAACACAGAGCUUGGCCGCAAUUUGCUGAACGAGAGCCUACAUCUCUUCCAGCAGGUAGCUGAGUCCCUACCAAUGGAUUACCUGGUCUCGGCUGUGGACAAUUUCAUUGUCAACCAGUUCUUUGCAGGCGCUAUCCAACUGGCACUCAAUGGCGCUGCCCGUUCCGACAAAGCCAAUCUUGCCUACUCCUGGAUCAUGGAUGGACGCCCCGAGCAGGUUCGAUACCCCCUACCCAAUGGACCCUACCAAAUUCUUACAAUUACCCAGGACCCCCGCAAGGAGUACUUUUUGUUCCGCAAGCAGUGCUACGAUCUUAUUUUCAAGGUCGUGCUCGCAGUUGAUACCCUUGCUGCAUCUGACCCUGGCGCUAUUGACGGCCAACUGACCAUCAUCUCCAAACGCAAGAACGAGGCGUAUGGCGUGAUUUCCGACUCGACCGAUGAGGUGUUCCUGACAAGCCUUUACGAUUGGUACCUCGAGCAGGGCUGGAGCGAGCGCUUGCUGCAGACCCAGUCACUGUUUGUGGUUACAUACCUCCAGCGUAAGUCUAACGAUGAUCUGGGCCACGCAGACCUGCUCUGGAAAUACUACGCCCAAUCUGAGCGAUUCUUCGAGGCUGCCCAGGUCCAGUUCCACUUGGCAAACAGUGCUUUCAAUUUGCCAUUGAGCUCUCGCAUCGAAUAUCUUGGCCAGGCCCGCGCCAAUGCUUCUAUUUUCACACCCGACGUUGGGCGCCAGUCAAGGCAGCGUCUGCUGCAGGAGAUCUCGAACCUCAUUGAUGUGGCCAAUAUUCAGGAUGACCUUUUGCAAAGACUCAAGGAUGAUGAGCGCAUUGUCACCGCACGGAAAGCCGAGGUACUGGCGGAGGUCGAUGGACCAAUCAUGGAUAUCAGCACACUCUUCAACCAAUACGCCGACUCAGCUGGCUAUCACGACAUUUGUCUCCAAAUCUUCUACCAAGCAGACCACCGCAAUGCAGCAGACGUCAAGUCAACCUGGCAACAUCUGAUCCAAGCGACGCAUGACGCAACCGUUGCAAGGGGCUCACCGCAACCUUUCGAAGCGGUGAUCGAAAAAGUGCGGAGUCUGGGAAGCCGCCUGCGGAUGUCGGAAACGAUAUUCCCCAUUCGCGAACUAGUCCCCAUGCUCGAACGUUAUUCCUUGGAAUUCCAGCGGAGCGUCGGGCCGCCGACUUGGGUAGUGGAUCUGUUCUUGGACCUUGGCGUGGCGCACGAGUCCCUGUACGCCGUUCUCGAAACAAUGUACUACACCGACGAAGCACCCUUCCACGGCACCAAUCGCAGGUAUAUUGCACAUGACCUACUGUACCUGCUGACUGGCUGGUUCCAAGAGACUGUGCGACUCGGCGGCAUGGUCUUUGGGUCGGAUAUUGUCGCCGAGCGGGUCUCUGAGAUGCUGCUGAUCCUGAUGCAGAGCAACGUGAUAAGUGGGGAGCAUUUGGAGACCGCUCAUGAGUUGCGGUCCCGGAUUGAUGAUAUCCUGCGUUGA